GGGAGGAGAGUGGUGAAGAUGGACGUGAAUCAGCCGAAACAGGAGCAUCUGCUGGCGCUGAAAGGGUAGCACUUCCUGAAGGUGGUAGACUGCUGCAUCUCAAUAUUGUGCUUCUGCUAAAUUUGGUGAAGGAAGCACUGUCAGUGACAAAUCACUUCAUUCCGAAUGACUUAUAGAUUUGCAAUUAUGGAAGUAUAAGGAGAAGGGCUUGCUGAUAUUCAUUGCCCUAUGGUGAUUCAAGCUGAGACCAUCACUUUGUCCCCAGAGCUUCAAUCAGAUGGAGUUAGUGGUACAUUAUAGGCCUAAUCAAGACUUUUCUUCCGAAGUACUGAAGAUAACAGAAAAAUUGUUGGAAGACUUUCCACGAAAAUAUUCACCAAGAUUCAUACCAUGGUUUUCAGAUGAUAUAAAAAGUUUACCAAUAAAACCUAAGAAAUGUCCACCAUCUAUUUCAAAUGAAGAAGCACAAAGAAUUGAAAAGUGUUUGGUUGAGGUGGAAUUCAAAGCAGAAACACAAAAUUAUGAUUGCACAGAGGAUCUUCUGGAAUUUUCUGUAAAUCUGCAGAAGGAUCAUCUUACUGAAGUAGCUGCUGCAGAAUUUGUACCUGGAAUGACAGAUUUACUGUGUGGAAUUACAAAUGAGGAUUACAAAUCAGAAAGGUCGUGGAGUAUUACAGGAUACAGCAGAACGAAAGGGCUAAACAUUUUGACAGUUAGCCAAAGACUUCAAAUAAUUAAGGAAAAGCUCCAACUACAUUCUUUUCAAAGGGCAAAGUGGGUUAUUGAUCAAUCCAAUUUUAGUGCUGAACAGCUGGAAGAGAUCUGGGCUAAACUGAGUAGUAUUAUCAAACACGGUGAUCUUCCUGGUUGUAAUGCCAAAAUACAUCGACAUCUUGGUGAAAUAUGGGUUUUCUGUGAUCUCGUGUGCUGUGAAUAUGUUGGUAAUUUUAUUAAGCAAAUAUUAAAUCUAACAGUGAUGAGGUUAACCAAGCCAACAUUGUUUACGAACCUGCCAGUGACCUGUGAAGAAAGAGAUCUGCCUGGAGACCUUUUCAGUCAACUUAUGAAGGAUGAUCCCUCUACAGUUAAAGGAGCAGAGAACUUUAUGUUGGGGGAAAUGUUGACUCUCCCUCAGAACUUUGGGAAUAUUUUUUUGGGUGAAACCUUCUCAAGCUACAUCAGUGUACACAAUGACAGCGUGCAAGUUGUUAAAGAUAUUUUGGUUAAGGCUGAUCUUCAAACCAGCUCUCAACGUUUAAACUUAUCAGCUUCAAAUGCUGCAGUGGCUGAUCUUAAACCUGACCGUUGCAUCGAUGAUGUGAUUCACCAUGAAGUGAAAGAAAUUGGAACACACAUCUUAGUUUGUGCAGUCAGCUAUACCACACAAGCUGGAGAAAAAAUGUACUUUAGAAAGUUCUUCAAAUUUCAGGUCCUUAAACCACUCGAUGUAAAGACCAAGUUCUACAAUGCUGAAAGUGACCUCAGUUCUGUGACAGAUGAAGUCUUUCUUGAAGCUCAAAUACAGAAUAUCACAACUACACCAAUGUACAUGGAAAAGGUUUCUCUCGAGCCAUCCAUAAUGUACAAUGUAACUGAACUGAACACUGUUAAUACAAGAGGGAGCAGCCACUCCACAUUUGGGAAGAUGACCUACUUGCAACCUAUGGACACACGGCAAUAUCUAUACUGUCUCAAACCUAAGCCUGAAUUUGCAGAGAAGGCUGGGGUCAUCAAGGGCGUAACAGUAAUUGGAAAAUUGGACAUAGUGUGGAAAACAAACUUGGGUGAAAGAGGACGGUUGCAAACAAGUCAAUUGCAACGAAUGGCCCCUGGAUAUGGUGACGUAAGACUUUCCUUGGAGAUGAUUCCAGAUACUGUGAACCUUGAAGAACCUUUUGAAGUUACAUGUAAAAUAACUAAUUGCAGUAGCGAGAGGACAAUGGAUCUGGUGCUUGAAAUGUGCAAUACAAAUGCAAUCCACUGGUGUGGCAUUUCAGGAAGACAGCUAGGAAAGUUGAGUCCAAAUUCUUCUCUUCAUCUUGCACUCAAGCUAUUGGCCUCCAUGCAAGGUUUACAGAGUAUUUCAGGAUUGCGAUUGAUGGACACAUUUUUAAAAAGAACUUAUGAGUAUGAUGACAUUGCACAAGUAUGUGUGGUCUUUUCACACCUGAAACCAGAAAGCUAGAAGUACCUUCUCAUAGUGGUGUUCCCUUCCUGUGGACCAACGGUUUUGUUUUAACGAUGUGACCUGCUUUUUCAUUCAUGAAAGACUAUCACCGUAUCGUAUGAACCAAAAUGUAUGAAGAUUUUAUCAUUUUAAGAAGUCUGUUGAUACUGAGUGGAUUGAUGCACUGCCCUUUGCACCUCUGGAACAUGCGUUCUAAUCCAAUAUAUUGAUGAGAUGGUGGUUUUCUCUGUUUACUGGUUGUAGAGUUCUUGCAUGAAUUAAAUUUGCAUGGGCAGUCUCAAUUUACUUUGUACUGGGUGUGAAUCCAUCAUACAUUGCACUACAUUGUGGUGAUCUUGUUGACCAAGUGUGUGGGAAGUGGAAAAUGGAAAACUCGCACAUAAGUGCAGAAAUUGUGCAUUCAUGAUGUAUAUUGUGGAAGUGCAGUACAGGGAGCUUUACUUUGCAUCUAAUCAUGCAAAACCUGGCACUGCUUCAUGUCCAUUCCCUUACACCUAAUGAGCUUCACACCGAUGAGUGUAAAGUCAACAAGACAGUUUUUAAAAAAUAAAUCUAUUCAAAGUUGCUUUCAAUUUUAUGUGUAUGUAAUAAAGCUUUAAAUGUAUUCACAAAAUAGUCUCCAGUGUACAUAGCUUCAGGGAGAAAUUGUGUUUCUCAGUUAAAAUAGUGACACCUCUUUUAUAUUGGUAGCUGGAAAUAAAAUAUGAGAUGUUCAUUGGAGGGGGAGGGUUAAAACUUUUGAAAAGCUGUGCAAUUGUUCAUAAGGUUGCAGAAUUGUUAGUGCUGUACUGGCUGUCUGAACAUUUUAAUCUGGUGCAAAUCUCCUGACUUUUCUUCUUGCCCUGCCCAUUUUCAUUCUCAUUGUGGGUUUCUUUUUCAUCACAAGUAUCCCUCACCAGAAGAUAGUGACAGAAGUGUUCUGGGGAAUGUUUUAACUUCACUUCUAGUUUUAAGAACUAUAGUUAUUGAAAUCUGUAAUUAAGGAUAGAGGGACUCAAUAUUGGAUUUGUAAAGGAUUGUAUAUAUGUAAAUACGGUAGACUCACUUUUAAUUAACAGUCCAAUCACUUGAACAUAAAGUUCCUGCUGUUAACAUAUCAAUCUCUUGAUUCUUGCAAAUUUGGAGACUACUAAAAUGAUGCUGUCAGAAACAAAUUGGUUUAUAAAUCGUGUAUGUAGCCAGAUUCCCUGCUCUUUACCCCUCAAUCAUAAUGUUUCACUUUUUUAAAAGAAAAAUAAUGGUGACCUAAACACACAAAUGGGUACCUUACUUACUCUAGAAACUACAAAUAGUCACUUAUCCUACUCAUCAAUCAACUGUUUUUCCUGCCGUAAUUCAUAAUGCCACCCUGCUCGUACUCUUGAUCUAUAUCCUUACUUCUCUGAAGUUUACUUGUAAACCUUAGUUAAAACACAGUAUUCUCAUUUGGCCUUCACGUCACUCCCUGAAGUCUGCUCCACACUGACUGUCUUCCUUACUAUUACCACAAUCCAUCAAAUCUCAAGUCUUUCAAAUAAUAUUAAUUAUGAGCAUCUUCAUAACAAUAAAAAUCAUAAAUAUCUUGUAGAAAAUGACUGACUGUCACGUGAGAUCUGAUACUUUAGAUGGGAACACUUUGUAUGGCUAGCAGCAUUUAAUGGCCGUUCUUUGGCUACUUUUCACAAUCAGGGCUGAGGCCUAUAUAAGCAGCUCUGUUGUUACCAAGUAUGAACAAGGCACUUAACUGGUCAAGAAUUGGCCAACAAUACUUCACCCUCUCUGAUGAAGGGUCUAGGCCCGAAACAUCAGCUUUUGUGCUCCUGAGAUGCUGCUUGGCCUGCUGUAUUCAUCCAGCAUCUGCAGUUCCCAUUAUCUCUAAUACUUCACCACAUACAUCUUAUUGACAAAAAAUGUUAAAACAUUAUUUCAGAUGUGAAUGCAACCCACAUACUGGCUAUACUAACCAAAGUAUUUGCAUGUGUACCAGGGGUUUGUUAAUUAUGUAAAUACUACUGGUCAACAUAGCAGACCUAUGCAAUCUCAACUGAAAAGAUUUCCCUCAGCAGGUUCCUGAGGAACAAAGCUGUAUUUGCUUGCAUCAGAAGCAAUAAAUGGAUUACGGAAUGACAUGCUUUAAGAUGAUGGUAAGAA